AUGUCUGGUACUAUGUGCGCAGUUGUAUGCUGCAAAAAUAGAUUGAAAAUUACAAAAUGUUUGGCAAAAGAUAUUUCCUAUCACACCUUUCCCAAAGACUCUGAACCAGAGCAUUUAAAAACUUGGAUUUUGAGAACUAAACGAACAGACAAAUUUAAUCCUAAGUCAUAUCAUAUUUGUUCUGAAUACUUUGAUGCUGAUGACUUUGAAAGAAAUUUAAAAGCUGAAAUGUUGAACUUAACAAAAACGCUCGCUAGUUGUUCAAACUCGGGUACUAGUACUACGGACGUCACUUAUAUUCAAAACGUCACAUCUUCAGAAAGUUGUUUAAAUAAUACUACUGAAAAAGAUAAUGUACCAAUAGUCGAUUCAAUCAGCGAGGAUCCUGCAGAAUGGUUUGGGAAUAAAACGCGAUACUUAAAAAAAAGUGUAUUUUAUCGGAAACUUUUAAAUGGAGAACAACAGCUUAGAAAAUUUUUAAUUUAUUCUCGUAGUAAAAAUGCAGUAUUUUGUAUCCCCUGUCGAUUGUUUGGAGGUUCUACUAAACUUGCUACAGAAGGUUUAAUGGACUGGAGAAACGUUAUUAAGAUUGUAAAACAACAUGAAGUCUCUAAGGAACAUACUAACUGUCAAAUAGUAUUUUUACGUAGGAGCAAUAAUAUUGGGAGAAUAGAUAGUGAUCUCUGUAUUCAAAUAAAUAAUGAAAUAGAUUAUUGGAAAAAUGUGUUGAAACGGGUUAUUGCUGUCAUAAAAAAACUGGGAAGUCGUGGUCUUCCAUUUAGAGGUUCCGUGGAAAAAUUUGGAAGUCAAAAUAAUGGUAAUUUUAUGAUGUGUUUAGAAUUAAUAUCUGAAUUUGACCCUUUUCUAAGCAAUCAUAUAGUUCAACAUGGAAACCCGGGCAGUGGUCAUACAUCUUACCUUUCUUCUACAACAUGUGAUGAAAUAAUUACAUUAAUAACAACACAAGUUACUAAUGUAAUUAUAAAAGAAAUUAAAAGUGCAAAAUAUUUUUCGAUUGUGAUAGACUCAACUCCUGAUAUCAGCCACACAGAUCAGUUAGCAUACGUUAUUCGUUACGUUAGAGAUGACGGUUUUCCUGUCGAACGCUUUAUGUGUUUUUUACCAAAUAUUGGGCAUAAGUCUGAAACACUUGAAACGGCCGUAUUGUCUUUUUUAACUAAACAUGAUAUUGACAUAAACAACUGCAGGGGCCAGUCGUACGACAACGCCGCCAAUAUGUCGGGAAUUUACUCGGGUUUACAGGCAAGGAUAGUAAAAAAAAAUCCUUACGCGUAUUACGUACCAUGUGCUGCUCACUCGCUAAACUUGGUUGGGACUUGUGUAGCUGAAUGUGUAAAAGAAGGAUUAUCGUUUUUUAACACUAUUCAACAUCUUUAUUCUUUUUUUUCUGCAUCUACUAGACGAUGGGAUAUUUUAAAGUCUAGCCUAACGCUCGGUAAAAAAGUUGUCAAAAGAGCAGAUGGAACUAGGUGGUCUGCUCGGCAUGAAGCUUGUGACAGCUUAUAUCAAAACUAUGACGGUAUUAUGAAAAAUUUAAGUUUAUUAGAAGAAGAUAAUUUUGAAAAGGCGACGACGCGUUGUGAGGCAGCUGGCUUAAGACGUCAACUUGACCGUUUUGAAACAGUUUUUAUGACUGUAUUUUGGAAUACAAUUUUGGAGCGUUUUAAUAGCACAAGUAAAGAGCUUCAAAAAAGUGAAGAGUACGAGUUUGAUAAAGUAAGGACUAAAAAACGCAAACUUCAAGCAGACGAGACAAGAGAAAAUGAAGUUCAUAUGACUGGAAGUGAUAAGUUAAGAAUAGAAACAUAUUUUACCAUACUGGACCGAGUGAAGAGUGAACUUGAAAAAAGAUGCGCUGCUUAUACUAAUACAUUUGACAAAUAUGACUUUUUGACUAAUUUAAUACUACUUUCACCAGAAGAAAUAACUCAAAAAGCUAAUAAGCUUCAAGAAUUGUAUAGCGAUGAUUUAGAAAAAUCAUUCGCUUGUGAAUGUGUUCAUUUUCGAGCAUAUCUUCAAAGUAUUAAUACAAAUAUUGAUGGAGUUAUCGAAUUAUCAAUACACUUACGUGGUAAUAAUUUAGAUACAGUUUUUCCUAACGUAGAUAAUGCUCUACGUAUGCUUUUAUGUAUGGCAAUAACUAAUUGUUCAGCCGAGAGGUCUUUUUCUACGUUAAAACGUGUAAAAAAUUAUUUGAGAGCAAGUAUGGAAGGAGAUAAACUAAAUUCAUUAAGUUUAUUGGAAAUUGAAACUGAACUAGUGAACAAAAUGGACUUCGAUGCCAUAAUAGAUGAUUUUGCGACUCAAAAGUCACGCAGAAAGCCGAUGAGCACUAGACAUUAA